AUGGCUCACGAAUCUGUUUGGUUUUCCCACCCAAGAAACUUUGGUAAAGGUUCAAGACAAUGUCGUGUCUGUUCCUCCCACUCCGGUUUAAUUAGAAAAUACGAUUUAAACAUCUGUCGUCAAUGUUUCAGAGAAAGAGCCUCUGACAUUGGUUUCAACAAAUUCCGUUAA